UGUGUACGUACGGUUGCAUUGUUCGACGAAUACUGACUGAUGGCUCUUGAACGUUACGUUGCACCAGAAUGGGUGUUCCGUCUACAAGUGAGCUACAAAUUUGUCCAUAUAUAUCUUUAAUAUAUAUAAAUGUCAGAGGAUCUUCCAUCUAUUUUGGAAGGUGUUGACCUUCUAUCUGUAUUAGGUGUAGAGGUUGUCGAGGGUGUUUCCAUAUCAGAUGUAAAACGAGAUCUUCGCCGUUUAUUUCUUAAGCGUGCUAAGGAGUGUCACCCGGAUAAGCAGAAAUCUACCGAUGGCGGUUCAGAUUCCAGUUUAGCAUUUGCUCGUUUAAAGGCUGCAUUUGACUAUAUACAGAAUGACGGUGUAUUCAACAGUCUUUACAAUCGAGCUUUACAUAAGAAACGUGCUGAAAAGGCACGUAAAGAGCGUGCUACAGGUAUCGCUGCGAAGCAAUCGGCACAUUUAGAGGCUUUGCUUCGUCGGGAGCAGGCUGCUGCUAACGCUUCACGUCGUGACUCCGGUGUUAGUACCCCAAGGGACUACUCUAGUACUAGAUCUGGAUUCAAUGAAGAAUAUGAAGCAUUUUCUAGACCAUCGGAUGAUUUUACGUCACGUCAGGGUACUCUAUUUGUCGCUGCUCGUAAUAUGAGAAUUGCCAACGAAUCUGAGGUGAAUUGCCUCUUAUUGAGUGACCAUUUUCCUCGUAUGUUUUCAAUGUUCGGUUUAGUUAAGGUUGAACCCAUUGAUAUCGAGGACCUUGGUCCUGAUGCUAUAAACGUCAAGAUUGGUAUUUUGACGUUUGAUACUCACGAGCAUGCAUUGAAGGCCCUGUUACAUUAUCGCAACCAUCGUGAAUCUUUUCGUUGUGACCUAUAUGCAUUAGCUCUGGGUCCUCAAUCAUUUGCGGAUAAGCCAAGCACUAGCACUGAUAACUCAGAGAGUUUGGAUGAGCUGGAGUCAACUGUGUUCCGUCGUUUACGUCAAGCUGCUGAGAAAAAGCGGAAAACCGGAGUUUAAUCGCUUGAGUAUGGAUCUGGGUGGU